AUGAGCACCCGAUACGAAUAUUCAUAUCUCGAAACUGGACACAUCCGCCUCCUUCAUAUUCUCUCUGUUUCCCCCGAGAUACGCGUCCGCAUCGAUGUUGUCCCUCUCGACACCGACCCCGCCCCCAUCUACGCGGCAUUAUCCUAUCUCUGGGGCGAAGACCCACCGUUCUCUCGCGUCAUUGUCGAACCUCAUGGGCGAUACGUCGAUAUCGCACGCAACCUGACCGUAUGCUUUCAACACCUCGAUGCCUUCAUCGGGACCAACAUUUGGAUCGACGCAGUGUGUAUCAACCAGGAAGAUGACGAGGAAAAGUCGCGCCAGGUUUCACGAAUGGGGUCCAUCUAUGAACGUGCCACCAAGGUGCUGUCCUGGCUUGGCCCCUCUGCUGACAACAGUGAUGCUGCCAUAGACGGCAUCUCCAACUAUGGGAAGGCGGCCGUGGAUGCCGGUCUGCUUGACAUCAAGAAGGAACUCCUCGAGACUUGGCCAGAUGUGGGUGACGACCCUGCCAAUAUGCGCGCAAGGGAUGCAGUGGUGGAACUCAUGGUCAAGGCGAACGCAGCCGAGGGUGAUGCAGACCGUGCUGCUGAGCGGUUCCCACGUCUUGCAUUUGCUGCGAUUACUCGUCGGGAGUAUUUCAAUCGCGUCUGGAUCAAGCAGGAAAUUACGCUUGCGCGCAAUUCCAUUGUCCUUUGUGGCUUCAAGCAAACCGAUGCCGAGUCAUUCCACGCCUCUCUUCUGUUCUAUGGCCUGCUGAUUGUCUGGGAAACCAACGAGUACAGAGCCGGUCGACAUGCUCGAAUUCCGGGACCCUUCUCCAUAGAGGAACUGAUGGCUGCGCCAGACGGCCCUUGGGCCCUCUUGAAACAAACGACCACGGACCCCGCCGCGGGAUCAGCCUUCUCAGGCCGGCGCAAGUUCCUACGUGAAGGUGGCAAGAAGCCUCUAUUCGAACUCCUCCACACUUCAUACGUGAGGAACGGUGCUCUCGGCCUGCGGUCCACGAAACCCUUGGACAAGAUCUACGCCCUGCUUGGUAUCGCGGCAGACGCAGUUGAAUCGGGAAUUUACACAGACUACACCAAGACACCCGACGAAGCUUUCGAACAAGCAGCAAGGUUCCUCAUCGCCCAAGGCCAUGUCGAUAUCCUCAAGUGGUGUCGCACACGACGGGUCAACCCACCGACAUGGGUCCCCGACUUCGAUGCCAAUCUCUCGUACACGUGGUCUGACGAUAUGGGCGUCCCGUUAUUCAAAGCAACAGGGUCCAAGUCCCAACCGACAACUUUAGUUCACGAGAUGAAUGGCCCGCCGCCCGCCUCGCUUCGACUGCAUGGUGUUUGUCUUGACACUGCUGCGGCAGUUGGCAGUGUCUUUGUUCACAACGACGGGAUGAAAUAUCCCCAGGAAGCCGCUCGCCAGUUGUUUCUUAACGUCAAGGCGUUCCUCGAGCGGACAUCAAAGUAUACAAAGGACCAGUGGGACGAUGCGUUAUGGCGCAUUCCCAUCUGCGACAGGGAGUACCACCCUACAUCUAUGUACUUUCAGCGGGCUACCCUCGAACGAUCAGGCAGGCAGUUUGAACUGUUACGCACACAAACGGUGGAUGACGAGAAGGUUAUGGCGGAAACCAUGUCUUAUCAGGCCACGAUGCGGUAUGAGAAUGGUGCGCGUCCUAUCCUUUUGACGGCUGGUUAUGUUGGGCUGGGUCCGAUGGAGACAAUGGCGGAGGACAUCGUUGUGCUCUUGUAUGGCGGGUCGACCCCGUUUGUGCUGAGAUCUACGAGGACUCGGGGCGAGUAUUAUCUUGUUGGGGAGGCGUAUAUUUAUGGCGUGAUGGACGGGGAGAUCAUGGAUAAGGGGCUGGAGGAGGAGGUGUUUACUCUGUACUAG